AUGCCGCACGGCAAGCACAUGGUAGAGACAAUGAUUUCGGAUGAGUCUGAAAUGCCAAAAAUGGGCAGAAAGUAUUCCAACAUAUUGGAUAAUUUCACCAAAUUGAAGGACAACAACUCUUCAGUGAGAUUAAACAGCGGACUCGCGCUUCUAAAUCAUAUACGCCAUAUUACGGAUCAGAAUGACAAAGAAUUGGAUUUUACUCUGGACAAGAUGGUGGCUAGAUUGGGAUCUUCAUUGACAUCUACCAGAAUAGGCUUCUAUAGUACUUUGACAGCUUUUCUGACAAUAUAUCCUGAUACAGCGGUGGAAAAACUUCUAUCUAUAAUGAAUACCCAGUUGCGUCCAGCUGGGAGUAAUCUUAAAAGCGAGAAUGCUGACAUAUAUAUGGGCCAUAUAUUGCUUUGUGGUGCUAUGAUUAGGUCCAACUUACUUGCUCAGAACAGCAUUGAAUUUCAACAACAGAUUAUGGAGAUUCUAUUAAAUGCUGGCAAACAACGCAGCUAUUUAUCAUUUAUUUCUACUAUGUUUCUCAGCGAGUUUAUUACUCAGCUUGAUAUUGAAUCUAUAAAGAAUGUUUGGCCAAUUGUUGAGAAGGAAAUUGGCAAGCCAUGGUCCGAACAAACUUUGGAUACAUUCUAUGUGCUGCUUAUUCUUAGAGAUAAACAUCCUUUGUUAGUCAAUCAUAAAUUUUUAAAGCAACACUUAGGCAUAACUGAGAUAAUUGCUAAGGAAUCUAUAGACGAUAUUGUUAAACUUUUAACGGCUUUACUUCGAAUUAUCUCUUAUCAACAUCCAGUGUAUAAACUAUUUUGUGAAAAACUGGUAACGACCGAAUUUGUAGCAGACUUUUGGAAAGGCGUCGAUCAAAAAUUUAUAAAACCGUCAAGGAGUGACGAAUACGUAGCUGUAGAAAUGUUACGAUUAAUACUUGUUAAUAUUACAGAUAAAACUAUAAUUCCUGUAUUAUUGUCUCCAAAUCUUCUGCAGCACAUGUUAAAAAGGUUUUCAAAUUGUAAGAAGAAUACAAAUGAUGAAGUUUUGAUGGCAUUCAGAAAAGUUUUACAUUUGAUAGUUUCUGCUACAAAUGAUAAAGAUAUGAAGACAAAAAUACAGUUCAGUAUAUUGAAGAAAUUCAUAUUACAUCCUGGUGACUUAAUGAUCGAAAAGAAAACAGGUAUUAAAGUGAUUCAAGUAAUUAUGGGAAAUUUGAGAAUAGACGGUAUUAAGAAAUUGAGCAAAUUCUAUAGAGAAAUUAUAGAAAAUAAGACAACUAAAGAAAGAGAAGGUACAAAGACAGAAUUUUGGACAAAUGCCGAGCGAAGUUACGUAGCACAGUUACUAACAAAAUUAAUGGGUCGUCCAGAGACAUUCUUGGAUGAGGACUGGAGACUUGAGCAAUUGAUAUUCCUGUUUAAUUAUGGAUUUUGUGAAGUAUCAGAUGUUGGAAUAGAACUAGCACCACAAUUCAAAGAUUCUUUUUAUCGUGCUCUGGAUUAUAAAUUACCAAAAUUGGAUAAUGCACGAAACCUUUUAAGUGCACUUGUUCACAAUUUAGAUUCAAAAUUGCAGUCCAAUGUGAUAAGAUUACGAUUGCCAUUAAAUGACGCAGCAACUGAUGCUUGGAAAAGAGUGAUAGACUUGAUUAAAAAACUAGAGAAGAAUACAAAAAAUUCGGAAGCCUUGCCAAUAUUUCAUACGAUGAAUUUGCACAUGGGUCUGCAAUUGUUCUCAGAUCCUGAAAUGGCAAUUAUGUCGAUUAAUGAACUUCAAUGUUGCUAUGAAAGAUUAAAUAAAAAAUCCAAGAAACAUAAAAAGCUCAAUAACACAGAUAUGGAAGAAGAACCAGAAUGGGUUGAAGUAGUAGUGGAUCUUUUGUUAUCUUUUUUGUCCAAGAACGACCAUUUAUUCCGUUCAUUAGUUGGCUGUGUGUUUCCACAUAUCUGCCCGUAUCUUACUCCAUCUGCAGUCCAUCAGAUAUUAGCCGUAUUAGAUAUUAAGAAUACUCAGAAGACGCUCACCAUGAAAAAGCAAAAUGAUGACGAUUCUUCGGAUACAGAAAGCGAAUCAGAGGAUAAUGAGGAGCAUAAUGAGGAGGAUGAAGAGGAGGAUGAAGAGGAGGAAAGUGUUUCAAAUGAUGAAGUUUUAUCGGAAAGUGAAUCCGAAUCUGAGAAUGAGGACGAGAACGAGGAUGAAACCGUAACCGAUAAAUUGAGAAUUGCGUUACAUCAAGCUUUGGGUGAUGCUGCGAUGAAAACAGACGACGAAGAUAUCGACGUAGAUGAAAUAGACGAUGAGGAAGGUAAACGAUUGGAUAAAUCGCUGGCAGCAGCUUUUAAAGCUUUUCGGGAGAAUCAACAAGCUCGCUCUAAAAAGCAAGGAAAGACGAGUCAGGCAUUGAUGCACUUCAGGGCUCGUGUUAUAGAUUUGUUACAAAUUUAUUUAGAAUCUUGCCCGUCUAUGGCGAUUACUCUAGAUAUGAUCGUGCCACUUUUCGCUCUGCUAGAAUUUUGUAUAAAGGAUCCGCAUCAAGAACCACUUGCGCAUAGAAUUCGGACUUGUUUAAAAAAGUUAUCAACGGUGAAAAAGUUUAAAGAUACGACGAAUGUUGACGAGACUUUGUUAACGACAGUGUUAAAGGCUUUGAUCGAAAAAGGAGAGCGUUCUGCUUCAGUCUGUCAAGAACUCAAUGAUAAAUUGGCGGAAUGCUGCACCUUCCUUGUAAGAUGCGCGCAACAAGCUAACUUGGUUACCAAAAGUAUUGUUGAAAUUUAUGGUGAAAAUUUAACUGCGUUUUUUAAGAAGAGAGACUGUGUUCUUUCACCUAUGUUGUUUAAGGGUGUAUUACAGUUAUGUUGGGAAGAUAAUUGGCAGCUGGCGCUUCUGUUGGUGGACUUUACUUUUGACAGCAGUAUUCGAUACUUUCGUAGAAAUCAAGCGCUGGAGUUGUUAUUAAUUUUUUAUAAUAAUAACCGAUUACUCAACAUGAGUACGAAGUAUACCAACGUGAGAAUGGAAUUAGAAGCGACGCUUUGUAAAAAUACUAUAAAUACACUCCAAGAGACAAGUGAUCUACAUUUGAGUAAUGGACAGUCUACUUUGUGUAGUAAUGUUAAUUCACAGAAAAAAGUUUCACAGAAGUUUAUUGGACAUCUCUUGAUACUAUUGCGCGUUGUUCACACACGCUGUUUGUCAAAAGCAUGGAAUUGGCAAACUGUAAAAACGGCAUUAAUAAAUUACAGAAGCCAAAACAGUCUGUUCGGAGAUACAAAAACUGCCUACAAUAAGCUGGCAACAGAGAUUGGAGUGCCUCUCAAUGUGUUGUCAAAGAAGGAGAAUGCUAAGUUAGAUAGUUCCAGUGAUACUGAUGAAAUUCCACAAAAUAAUGGCAAACAAAGCAAUAUUGGAUCUCAAAACGGAAAAACAAGUGAAUCGGAAGAAGAAAAAGAAGAGGAAGAAUCAAAAGAGGUUUCACAUAGUGAUAAUGAACAGACAAAAAAGAAAAAGAAUAAGAGGAAACAAAGGGAGAAACAAUUACUGAAAAAAGAAGCGCGUGAAUUACGCGCGCAAGUUAUGUCUCAAGAUAUAGAACCGUUUAAAUUUAGCAGUGUUAAUUUACCAGAAAAUGACGACGUCGUAGAACUCUUUCAAAAUGGGGAUUUACACGACAACUCUACGAACUUGAAAGCACCACAAAAACGAAAUCAGUCGCUAGAAGACAAUCCUGAAUCCAAAAGAAGAAAACGUGUUAGUCAUGCUUGAUACGAUUUAUAAACUUGCAAAAAUAAAAGAUGAAAUGUACAUAAUAUAGGGUAAAAAUUAAGAUAAUUGUUUAAAG